AAGUCUGAAAUGUUUACAUUCCUUAAUUAAGUUGUGUAGUGAGUGUGUCUGCCUGAAACUAGCAACGCAUGUUCUACGACUUAUUAUGCGAAAAUAUUACAACCCAUUAGCCUACAAAAGUCUGUGUAAAUAAAGUUUUUCAUAAUGCGAUUCAAAACUUCAAUACAAAAUAAGCCGAAGCAUACAGAUCUUGUCUCUUGUGUAGGAUGGGUGUCACCUGAUGAAGUUUAUUCUUGUGGGGAUGAUCAUCAACUUCUUCAGUGGAAUUUAGUGUCUAAUGAAACUAACAAGAUAUCAGAUCUACCAUCUGAUGUUUAUCCUAUUGAUUUACACUGGCUUCCUAAAACUGCAGUACAGAAGGCCAAGGCUGGAUCUGAAGUAUUUUUAAUGACAGCAGCUGAUGGAAAGUUUUAUAUAGUUGGACGUAAUGGUCGCACUGAAAAGACAGUUGUUGACGCUCAUCGAGGUGCAGUAUUGGCUGGUCGCUGGAGUCACGAUGGAGCUGGGCUAGUCACAGCUGGUGAGGAUGGUCUGGUGAAGAUAUGGUCUCGCAGUGGAAUGCUACGAUCAACACUGGCACAAGUAUCAGUGCCAGUAUACGGAGCAGCCUGGGCCCCUGAUUCAGAUGCAAUUCUCUAUACAACGGGUACAAACCUCAUUAUCAAACCACUAGCACCAAACUCUAAACCUAUUCAGUGGAAAGCCCAUGAAGGAGUAAUCCUGAAGGUGGCCUGGAACCCCAACACUGGUCUUAUACUAUCAGGCGGCGAAGAUACUCGAUAUCGUGUGUGGGACAACUUUGGUCGGCAGUUAUUUUCUUCUUCUCAACACCAUCACCCUAUCACUGCUCUGGCCUGGUCACCUGAUGGUCAGCUGUUUGCAGUAGGUUCAUUUAACACACUACGAUUAUGUGAUAAAGCUGGGUGGUGCCACUCACUGGAAAAACCCACAACAGGAAGUAUCUUCAACCUUGCAUGGUCUAGUGAUGGCACUCAAGUUGCUGGUGCAUGUGGUAAUGGCCAUGUCAUCUUUGCACAUGUCAUUGAAAGUCAUCUAGAAUGGAAGAAUUACGAAGCAACUGUAACUAGCCGCAAAAGUAUCGCUUUGCAUGAUGUUACAAACGAAGCUUGGGAGAAACUUGAACUGAGAGAUCGCAUAAUAAAAGUCUCUCUUUCACAUGGCUAUAUGGUAAUAGUGACAUCAACACAGGGUUAUAUCUACUCCACACGUAACUGGAAUACUCCCUUCAUCUUUGAAUUAAAAGAAUCUAAUGUCAGCCUCAUAGUACAAGCUGAGCGACAUUUUCUUCUUGUGGAUGGGGUAGGUGUGUAUGUAUACUCUUAUGAUGGCCGAGUGCUUUGUGUACCACGCUGGCCAGGAAUGAGGACAGAUGUUCUGAAUAGUAGAACUGUAUCAUUAUCAAAUGAUACAUUGGCCAUUCGUGAUAAAACAGAUGAGAAAGUGGUUCAUUUGUUUGAUGCAUCAACAGGUAAAGCCUUGAAUGAUGGCAAGCCAUGGUCUCAUAAAUUAGAAAUAAUGGAGCUGGCUCUUGAUAAAGUUGGCACAGCUCAUGAGAGGCAUAUGGCUGUUGUUGACCGUAAUAGAGAUCUCUUUUUAGUAACUCUCCAGCGUGUAGGUACUAUGGGAAGAGCAGUUAAGCUUGGUGGGAUGGUGCAAUCUCUUUGCUGGAAUGAUGGAGCUAAUAUGCUUGCUGCACUUCAGGACUCAAAAUUUAUAGUGUGGUUUUAUCCUGCAGUGGUAUUUGUUGACCGUGAUCUGCAAUCACUUACAGUUCUUGAGAAAGAUGCCACUGAAUUUGGCAAGAAUGCAGUAAUAGACAAUUUCCUAGACUCAGUGGUGACAGUGCGGCGUGCAGAUGGUAGUUUAAUAGCUACCAGUGUUUCUCCUUAUCCAGCACUACUUCAGAACUAUGUGACUACUAAACACUGGGAUGAUGCUGUUAGAUUAGCAAGGUUUGUCAAAGAUGACAUUGUGUGGGCCUGCUUGGCAGCCAUGGCUACAGCCAGUAAAGAACUUAGCACAGCAGAAGUUGCAUAUGCAGCAAUUAAUGAGGCUGACAAAGUCCAGUAUAUUCAUUACAUUAAGGAGAUACCAAUUAAAGAGGCCCGGACAGCUGAAAUGGCAUUAUUAGGUGGCCACAUUGGGGAUGCAGAAGCUCUUCUUGUUCAGUCUGGUCUCUUUUUCAGGGCAAUUAUGUUGAACCUUACCACUUACAACUUUGAGCGUGCACUCCAGCUAGCCAUUAGACACCGCACCCACGUUGAUACUGUUGUGGCCUUCAGACAGCGCUACUUAGCUCGAUUUAACAAGAAAGAAACCAGCAAGCUCUUUCUCCAGUAUGAAAAGCAGGUUCAGAUUGACUGGAAGAAAAUAUAUGAAAAAGUCGAGUUGGAGUACCAAAAAGAGAGGGAGAAACCAAGUUCAUCUCAGCAGAAUUACAGUGAAACAUAAACAGUUCCUAGUCACAUUUUUUUAAUACAUAGGGUGGUUUUGUAGAUUUAAAAAAAUGGAGAAUUUUUAUUAGGGCAGCCUGUAACUUAGUGGUUAAAGCAUUGCACAGUUGAUAGGUCCAGUGGCAUUACUGGGGGGAAGGGGGAUAGCAAGGGCAGCAGUCAUACAUCCCCCUCAACACAUUUUAUUUGCCCUUGCCAUUGCAGCUAUACUUAUUGUAAUUCUGUAUUAUGAUUUAAAAUAUGAAAUAACGCUUGUAUUUAUUGUAAAAUCAUGCCUUAAAAAUAGUCCAUGUACAAUAUAUUUAAAAUUAUUU